AUGGCCAGUGGAGACUCUGCACUGGAUUUGAGUGUGACCCAUGUUGCAUUGGAUUUGAGAAACAAGCGAAACUGGGACUCAAUAAAUGGUUCUACCACUGGCGACUCCAAUGCCGCCUCUAGAGAGGAUGUUUUCGAGGACGUACAGAUGUCCGAGAGAAUGUGUGGGGAACCGGCAACCAAUAUCUUGCACCAGGCUGCAAUGAGUAACGAUGCCGUCGCAGCGAUGAACAGCGCUGCAGCCGAGUUGCUACGGGGCUGGACCGAGAGUGACAAAGUGAUUCACACGGUAAAUGACAUGAGCAUUGACUCCCCAGACGAGCGGUUUGAAAGUGCCAUGGAACGCUUAAGUGACCAAGUCGGCGGCGGUGACCAGGUGGACGCAUUUUGGCGUCGUCAGCCAUUUCGAAUCAUCUACCCACACGAAAGGGGUUUGCGUGUUGAUGCAGGAUAUCUGGCAUGGGCGUAUGACACAUUCUACCAUGCGUGGUGGGACCUCAUUCCUUUCGAGGUGAGUAUGCCCAUCUCAGUUUUUGGAUUAGCCAAAAUGGCUGUGGAGUGGAAAGCAGCGACUAGCAGUGGUUUAAGCGACAGUUCCAUAUUGGAUACCGGUUGCUAUAAUUACGUCGGCAAUACUGUUUGGGACGAGAUGACGUUCUGUGAGUGGUUGAAUUCUGGGCGAUCGGCAAGGGACGUUGGAUUCCGAAAUGUACAAGACAUCACCCAGGGUUCCUGGUUCAUUCCAGUUAGUCAAGUGAAUGAUGCAUUGGAAGACCUGCUGAGCCACUGGCCGAUUAAUCAUCAUGGUAGCCUCCAAGUUAUGGGCAACCUGCAUCGCUGGCGAUGUGUUUACAGGAGGAACACAGGCCAAAAUUUAACAGAGGCGUCACCCCGCACUGAAUACUUGUCAUGGCCACAAUUUGAACGUGCGGCCAUAAUGACAUUGGGCAAUUUCUAUAUGCCCCUGACCGAGAUCUCGAUGGAAUUUCGUAAACGUCAACAUCAACGUAAGCGAGGAAACGUUGACCGGAUGGGGUGA